CACCAAAUCAAAUCUUCUUCAGCUCAAAAAGUGGUGAAAACAAGAUGAAGAGAGAAGGCCGGCAACAUGGGAUGGUGCGAACUUAUCCGAUCAUGCCAUCUCCGAUGAAUCCCGGGCCCAACAGCGCCUCCGCCGCCGUCGACGACUCACCGCCGCCGCCCACCGCCGGGGUCUUCACCAAGGUCUCCCGCAAGCCCACCAACCACUCCAAGUUCACCGGCAAAUGUAGGGUGCCACGGUGCAACGAGUGCCACAUCCACCCUUGUGGCAAGUCCAAGGACAAGGCCAAGGGGACCCACAAGUCUCGGGCCGGGUCCCACGACGUUGCGACCGGUCACCUCAUGUGGAGGCUCGCGGAUCGCCAACACGUGUCUGAUUCUGAUGGGUUGUCAUCGGCUACGGAGAUUUCAGGGUAUUUGGUGGCGAGCAACGAAUACAAUGAUGAUGACAUAUGGUGAUUGUGUUCAUUAUGUUCUGACAAGAGAUUUGAUCGAUUGAUGUUUGUUGGAUCAUAUCUACUAUUCAUCUCAAUCGUUCAUACCGUUACGUCAAAUUUGAUGACGUCGGGUUACACUUACUUCCUUAUGCCUGAUGGUCGGAUUAAUAUUUAUGAAAAUCAAGAGACGGAAUGACCGAUGAUAAUUAUGAGAAUCAAAUUGGAAUUAAGUCCAACUCAAACCCUUGACGACAAGGGUGAAAACUAAAAAGGAUCAAAUUCAGUUAUGUGUGUUCUUUUAUUUUGUUUAUGCUUUAUUGUAAUUGUUUUUAUUUGGUUGAUUUGAAGGUUUGUCACUGGAUAAUAAUGUAUCAUUUAUGAAUUAUGUCUACCAAUAAAUUACUUUAUAAUAAUUUUGUCAUUUUAUAUCCUUAUAAUCAGUUGUAGGCCCAGAGUCAGCAGCCCAGCAUAGAGUUCCACGAAUUUCGUAAGGUUCCAUGUCCAAACAAGGCCCAUUCAGCCCAUAAAGAUUAUUAGCCCCAUAAACAAGGUUGACAGUACAUAUUAACAGAGCCCAGCCCAUCAUUUUACUAUAAAAUUAAUAUCUAUGCACAUCAAUUAGUGGAUGAAUUAUGUAGCGUGGUACAAUAGUAGAUAGUUUCAAUUGUAAUUUUGAAUCGGUUCUGCAUCCUCUUUUUAAGAGGUCGUUUGGUUAAAAAAAAUUCAGUGGAUGAAUUAGCUGUAAUCCGCAACUGUAAAAAUGACGGUAAUUAGUGGAUGCCAAUCACCUUUUUAACUUCCCAUUUCCCACUUCCUCCUUGCUAAAAUUGAACUGAAAAUAUAAUUGGUGAGACAAUGACCACCCAUAGUUGCCUUGCAUGUCUCCAUUAAUCAGGAAAUCUCAAAAGAAAUUAAUUGUAGAAAGUUUGCUUAUUUAACCCUUUUCCCUUUUAUACAAUAACUCGCAAAAUUAGGUACUGAUGAAUGCAUUAACACUUUCAUGAAUGAGAAAAUUGACUUUGGGGAAAAUGACAAAUUUAAUUUGUCCCUUCCAAUCUCCAUCCAUAACCAUUUUAAGCAAAAUAGGUAGUUAGUUUGUUAAUCCCCCAUGAUAAUGACCAUUAGCCAACCCCCACCACCCACCAUAAUCUCACCACUUUAUGUUCUAAUUUAAGUUUAAUAUAACCCUAUCUAACACCGGACCAAAGUUCGUACCUUUACGCGAAUAGCUUAACCGAAAAAAUGUUGAUACAUGUAUAUCGAAAACUGAAGGGAUGGGAUUAGGUGCUAACCAGGGGCGGAGCUACACAGUCCCUUGGGGGGGCUCCGGUCCCCCCGAGAAUUUCAAAAAUCACGUAUGAACACUCGGGAAUUCUGAAGUUUAUGAAUUAACUGGACUGUAGUUAAUUAAUGAAAGCGUGUUCUAAUAUGAUAAACAAAAUCUAAGUUGCUCCAGUGGAGCAUUGAUUAUCUUGUUAGCUGGGUGACUAGUGUUCGAUCCCCAUCAAUGUUAAUUUUUCAUUUUUUCUCUCCAAAACAAUUGAUGCCUACUUUCAUUAAUUGAUCCCAUUAAUGUCCACUUUUAUUCUUUUAACCCAUUUCCCUUAACAAUUGAUGCCCACUUACUCUAAUUACUUUCAUUAAUUGAUCCUAUUAAUGUUCACUUUUAUUCUUUUAACCCUUCCCACCUAAUCUAAUUCUUUCAAAAAAUGUUUUGUACAAUCCCCCGGGUAACUAGGUCUCUAUGAAAUUUGUGAAGUUUCAUAAUUAAUAUGAUAUUAUUUU